CAAACAUUUUUUUAGUAUUUAACACGCAUUUUCUUAUUUAAUUAUUUUCUUUUCAAAUUUAUAAAAAAACUUUUAAAUUAUGAAUCAGGAAACGAAAAAAAUCCUACCCAGUUUUAGCAAAAGUCCGACAUGUAACGAGAAAAGUAGAGUGACUUAUUGUACCGACCUGGAAAAGUCCGUGAUCAUCUCCAACUUCGAGCGCAGAGGCUGGGUCCAGGUGGGCCCCGACGACGAGUGGAACUUCUAUUGGUCCUUCACCACCAACUGUCGGAACAUAUUUAGCAUUGAAAGCGGAUACAGAAUGAACGACAACCAAAUUAUAAAUCACUUUCCAAACCACUAUGAACUGUCCAGGAAGGAUUUACUCGUGAAAAACAUCAAGCGAUACAGAAAAGAUUUAGAAAAAGAAGGCAGUCCUUUAGCAGAAAAGGCCGAGGUGCAACUAACGAACGGUCAUGUCGGCACUCGAUAUAUUCAUCUAGAUUUUAUACCUGUAACGUAUGUGCUGCCCGCCGACUACAAUAUGUUUGUCGAGGAAUACCGGAAAUCUCCCCAAAGCACUUGGAUAAUGAAGCCGUGCGGCAAGUCUCAAGGCGCCGGAAUUUUCUUAAUAAAUAAACUUUCCAAACUAAAGAAGUGGUCGCGUGAAGCGAAAACCCCCUUCCACCCCCAAUUCAGCAGCAAGGAAAGUUAUGUUAUAUCACGUUACAUCGACAAUCCGCUUUUGAUUGGCGGAAAAAAGUUUGAUCUGAGGUUAUAUGUGUUAGUGGCGUCAUUUCGUCCUCUUAAAGCUUAUUUAUUUCAGCACGGGUUCUGCCGCUUUUGUACAGUUAAGUAUGACACGAGUGUUACGGAGUUGGACAAUAUGUACGUUCAUUUAACUAAUGUUAGCGUACAGAAGCACGGCGGAGAUUACAAUAGUCUGCACGGCGGAAAGAUGAGCAUUCAAAAUUUCCGUUUAUAUUUGGAAGGCACUCGCGGUCGAACGGUGACGGAUAAAUUAUUUGCGGAAAUGCAGUGGCUUAUAGUGCAUUCAUUGAAAGCAGUUGCGCCCGUGAUGGCGAACGAUCGACACUGUUUUGAAUGUUAUGGUUAUGAUAUAAUUAUUGAUGAUGCGCUCAAACCGUGGCUGGUAGAGGUGAAUGCUUCGCCUUCGUUGCAGUCUACUACACACAACGAUAGAAUUCUGAAGUAUAAACUGAUUGAUAAUAUCGUAUCAGUGGUUGUGCCGCCGGACGGCGUUCCAGACGCGAGAUGGAACAAGACCCCGAGCCCUGACGCGCUCGGUGACUUCGAUUUACUUAUCGACGAGGAGUUCAUGGAAAAGGAAGAAUGUAAUCUUCGUCACUACAUGGCGAAUAGUCGCCGCUUUAGACAGUGAUUAUUUAA